UUCAAAGCUGCCUGCGCGGCCUUCGCCCUGGAACGUGGAUGUGGGUGAGAGAUGAGACCGUGUCCGCCCGAUCGCAGCCUCAGCCCCCAGUUCGACGUCCGGAGUCCGUGUCAAAAGGUACAGGUGUCUACUAGUACCAGUGCCGAGUAGUCAAAACUCUUUUCUGGCGGCUUUGAAACCUCAACUGCUUCUACCCCCUGCGUUUCACUUCUCCGACUUGUCCGUCUUUGUCAACCCCUUUUUCCACUCUUUCCCAAUCCUCCCGCAACCCUUCGCCAACUCGACCAGACGUGUCGUUUCCAACCAUCGGCUGUUACCCACAUGGCGCCCUUCAGCCUCAAGACAGACCGUCGACUCUCUGAGAGAGCCUCCCCGGCCAGUCGCCCUGCUGUCAGACUCACAGCCGAAGCACUCCUUGCGCUCCUGUCCUGGGCAUUCGUUGGUUCACUCCAGUUGAGCCACUCAUACAGCCCCUCGCAUGGCGGAGGAAGUUCGCUCUGAUACAUGAGAUCCAUUUCGGUGGCUCCAAACCUUGGUCGAGCCUCAUCGUUGAGUUGUCAACUAGCAUCCUGAGACAUGCAUCUGGCGUGGCCGAGCACUGUCUAGCACAAUUCGAGACGAGGCCACGCAGUAUGCAUGCCAUGGUGCUACGUACCCCAGCAUGGGCAAACACUUGCUCGACAUCUCACCUGUCUUGUUAAAAUGCUCGCUUUCAGCCUGGUUGGUGACUUUUUCUAUCCUUGCUGGCUUUGACGCCUGGUUUCUUCCAUUCUUGCAUAGUCAUCGUUCCUUUUGUAUACUGGGGGCAGGUCCUUCAAUAUCUCUUUCCAUCAUUUCUUUCGACAGCUUUGCAGGACGAGGUUCCCUUCAUUCAGUUCUAUAUCGUUUACCGUCGCCAGUCGAUCCCUAUUGCUAUGAUGCCUCGCAUCCUCGUGUUGCUGUUCGCCCUUGUCUUCCUGACCACAGUCUUUGCAAGCCCUAUUCAAAAACAAAAACAAAAGCGCUCUUUCAAAAUCCCUCGCAUACGCAAUGCAAACUAUAAGCCAAACGGCAAAGCAGCUUACAAACGAGCUCUAUAUAAAUUCGGUUUCAACGAUAUCAGCUUUUUACCCGAUGGCGAGGUGGCCACCCGGAUUAGGGCAGCGACCGCUGCCUCUGUGAAUGCGACGGGAAACGAAGAUGGCGAGACCACAGCAUCUCCCACUCAGAACGAUGCUCAAUUCCUCUCGCCGGUGACGGUGGGCGGCCAGGAACUGAUCAUGAACUUUGACAGCGGAUCUUCUGACUUCUGGGUUUUCAACACCAACCUUGCAAAGUCGGCUCAGCAAGGUCACACAAUCUACGACCCCACAAAAUCAACGACCUUUCAAAAUCUUGACGGCACCUUCAAUAUUACCUAUGGCGAUGGGUCUUUUGCCUCUGGCCCUGUGGGAGUUGAUCAGGUGGAUAUCGGAGGUGCGACUGUAGCGGCUCAGGCUAUUGGUCUUCCGGAUACUGUCGGUGACAGCUUCAUAACCGAGUCGGCGUCCAACGGACUUGUUGGCCUCGCUUUCAGCAAGCUAAACACCAUCCAACCCAACCCCCAGAAGACGUUCUUCGACAACAUCAUGUCCGACCUCACCCAGCCAGUGUUCACCGCGCAACUGAAGGGUGGUGCAGUUGGUGCUUACGAGUUUGGCAACAUUGACACGACCGCUUUCAAGGGCAACUUGACCACCGCUGCGGUGGACUCGUCCCAGGGCUUUUGGGAAGUCAAUUCGGCCUCGGCAGCUGUCCAAGGCCAGAAGGUGAAUAUCCCCAAUGGCAGGGCUAUCAUCGACACCGGCACCUCUCUCAUGUUGGUGCCUGACGAAAUGCUUGUGGCAUACUGGAACACCGUCGACGGAGCGCAAUUGAGUCAAGAAGCUGGUGGUGUGAUCUUCCCAUGCAAUACCAAUUUGCCAGAUCUUCAAGUGGCCAUCGGUAACUCGUACAUGGCGACUGUUAACGGCGAUGAGAUGAACUUUGCCAACGUUGGGACUGAUACCCAGACUGGCACUGAUUUCUGUUUCGGUGGCCUUCAGUCCAACCAAGGUCUUCCCUUCGCCAUUUACGGAGACGUGUUCUUCAAGUCUCAAUUCGUCGUCUUUGACGGUUCCGGCCCAUCGAUAAGCAUUGCGCCGCACGCUUAGGAGCUUGAGCGAGGUGGAAGGACCGAGGGGCCUGUGGCAUCACAUUACGAGCGUAAUGACUAUGUCUGAGUCGUAGAAACCAAAUAUCAUGCAUAGCGCCGGAGUCUGGUUUAGCGUCUUUUUGGGGAAAACUGUCGCAGCAUUUUGGUGUGCAUAAAUAAGCAUGUAUCGGCGUCUGGCAUUGCCUGAGCAUGUAUGCGUCUGCCCUCUUGAGGCUAAACGCCACAUUACAGUAUCUAGAGAUCAAAGUCGAAAUGCAAAACUAGAUGGGUUUCCAAUACCACGCACUAUGUGGGCGAGGUGAACUGCCUCAAAGCUCGAUGAUUGUACACUAUAUCCUCGACUCUUGCUAUUGGUGUUGUGAAGUGUUAAUGCGGUCCAGUGAGGAACAUGGCGCAUACCGUAACAGACACUAUGAAGAACAAUCAUCUUUGUGAAGGGCCA